UGUCUGUGCUGGGCACUUUACUUUACUUUGACAACUAUUGCAAGAGGCCUAUAAAAAGGGUGCAUCUUGCUCCACCAUGAUCACACUUCUCUCAACACUUGUUCAGGCAAACCAAGCUCUCUUCUCUACUAGCAACGACAUGUCUUGCUGCGGCGGAAACUGUGGCUGUGGCUCGAGCUGCCAGUGCGGCAAUGGCUGUGGAGGGUGCAAGAUGUACCCGGACAUGACUGGGGAGACUGCUGCAGCAAUUGUCCACGAGGGGAGGAGCAUGGAGAUGGCGGCUGGGUCUGAAGGCGGAAACUGUGACUGCACCAAGUGCCAAUGCGGCAGCAGCUGCAGCUGCGCUUGCUGCGACUGCACCUGAUCGGCACUAGCCGACGUAACCCAUGAAUGAGCAUGGAAAUAAUUAAAUAAAAAGAGGACCAGCAUGUACUAAUCACUACCAUGUAAUAUUGUUAGUCCUGCUUGAUUAAUUAAGUAGCACUAUUAUCGUA